AUAAUCAACUCAAAUCAAAUCAAAUCAAAUCACGGUGUUUCUCUCUUGCAGAUAAAGAGAGAGAGGGAAAGAAAAUUUCACAUCACACGUGCCACCUUCCAUUUCCACGCCGGGAAAUCCUCAGGCACUUUCCUUCUCUUCUUCUUCCUCCUCCUCCUCCUCAGCACCCCACCCUGCACUUUCUCGCUCCCCCACCCCAAAACAAGCCCAACCCUAGAAAGAUCUCCCCCACCGCUUUCUCUAGCUCGCUUUCUCGCUUCCCAAGCACUUGCCCUCGAAGCCCCUCCUUCCACUCGAGUGGCAUCACUGUUCAAAACUGGCCCUUUUUGUGGACCUCAUGAUCCACAUCUGAAUUAAAAUCUCAGACGCAUCUCUCUCUCUCUCUCAUGGGUCCUAAUCAAAAUCUGUCCUUUUAACCGUUUUAAGAAAGAAGAUCCCAUUCCACUGUACUUGCGAGAGGACCCACCAAUUAGUUUUGCGCUGAAGUUGCGGAAUUUCUGAUGGGGGCGAUGACGUCGGCGAUGGCGGCCAAGUUCGCGUUCUUCCCGCCGACGCCGCCGUCGUACGAGGUGGCGAGGGACGAGGUCACGGGGAAGCUGAGGGUGACCGGAGUGAGCGUGAAGGAGAACGUCGACGUCUUGAGCUUGCCCACGAAGAGAGGGAACGAGAUCGUGGCUCUGUACAUAAAGAACCCGGUGGCCGCGUUGACCGUGCUGUAUUCGCACGGUAAUGCGGCCGAUCUGGGUCAGAUGUACGAGCUGUUUAGUGAGCUCAGUGUGCAUCUGCGAGUCAACCUUAUGGGGUAUGACUACUCUGGAUAUGGCCGGUCCACCGGAAAGCCAAGUGAGCAGAACACGUAUUACGACAUCGAAGCGGCUUAUAGAUGCCUUGUAGAGAAGUACGGGGCGAAGGAAGAAGAUGUUAUCUUGUACGGGCAAUCGGUCGGCAGUGGACCAACUCUUGAUUUGGCCACCCGGUUACCAAGACUGAGGGCUGUUGUCCUCCACAGUCCGAUUCUAUCUGGGCUUAGAGUCAUGUAUCCGGUGAAGAGAACAUAUUGGUUUGACAUUUACAAGAAUAUCGACAAAAUACCAUAUGUCACCUGUCCUGUUCUGGUGAUACAUGGAACGACGGAUGAUGUGGUGGACUGGUCCCACGGAAAGAAGCUGUGGGAGCUUUGUAAAGAGAAGUAUGAACCACUAUGGAUCAAAGGGGGGAAUCAUUGUGACCUGGAACUUUACCCGCAAUACAUAAAGCAUCUUAAAAAGUUCAUAUCAGCCAUCGAGAAAGCGCCUCAUUUGAGGAAUAAACCUGCUCUAAUUGGAGAUCAGCCAGAGAACCCUCGGACUAGCACGGACUUCAGAGAAAAAUCCAGAUCAAGCACGGAUAAACGAGAGAAAUCGAGGCCUAGCACCGAUCAGAGAGAGAGGCCGAGGUUAAGCACAGAUCGAAGGGAAAAAUCAAGAGCCAGCGUUGAAAAAAGAGAAAAGUCACAAAAGAGUGUAGAAUUCCCUGAGAAAGUAAGUAAUGGCACCGAUCAGCCAGAAAAGGCGAGGAACAGCAUUGACCGUUUUGGAGGCAUAGUGAGAUCAAGGUUGCGCAAUAUAGAUUGCUUCAAGCCCCCGGCAACAGGUCGAUAUUUCUCUUACCCUAUGGCUUGUUCUCAAAGGAGAACCGAUGUACGUGGAUUGAGGCUCCUCUUGCAUGGUCGAACCGGGCAGUUAUUCAGAUUGAUGAAGUUUCUGUAGUCUGAGUUAUGGUUGUAGACUGUAGAUUAUGUACAGUAGGGUCGUCUUCCGCGUGUCUUUGAAUCUAGUUCAUGUGCUGCUAGGAUUUGCUUGUUUCUGAAGUGUUUUUUGUUUAGUUAGUUAUAUCUGCGGUUUAAAAUCUGGGAAGAAUGUACACAAAAGGAUCUUGGGUAUGUUUCGAUAAAGAUAAUGACAUAAAUGGUCCUUUAACUUUGGCUUAA